CUGAAGAGCUGAACGAUUCAAGGGUUCAAUCGGACUUCAGUCUACAAAUCUCUGGCCCGACGAUCAACAUUCAACCCGAAGCAAUUUCACUUCGAUCGCCAUGGAUCUCUCCGGACAAGGAAUCGAGGCGGCUCGGGGUAGUAGUUGGAGCAAUCGUUUGGAAUCGGAAGCACAGAGUAGUUCUAGUUUUGCGAUCGAGGAGGCAAAUGGCGAUCUGGUUAUGGACAGCGGAUUGGAAUCGUAUCUGCUGGGGAUCAACGAUUUAAAUCAAAAUACGCUGGAUGUUGUGUUGAACGGUGAUCAAGAUGAGGCUGGAUUUAGAGUUGGAAGCGAAACGAUUAGGAGAAAUCCUGCAUCAAGAACAGUGGUUCAGAAUCUUCCGUCGGUGGUUCUGAAUCUGAGUGAAGAAGAUGCAUUGUGUUCGAUCUGUAUGGAUCGGAUCAGAGUUGGUGAAGAAGCGAAGCAGUUACCGUGUGGCCAUGGAUUUCAUGGUGAGUGUACAAGGCCAUGGUUGGAGAUUACAGAUACUUGCCCUCUUUGCCGCCAUGAAUUGCCUACACAAUGUUGA